CUCGCUUCAAAAUAGUAUAAAUACAAAAUGUUUUCCAACACUGUUUGACCAUUUCUUUACGGUCGCUCAAGUCUCUUGACCAAUUCUCAAAAGAUCACAACCAUUCUAUCCAACGCUUUUCAUUACCUCACUCUCAUCUCCCACACAAUAUUCACGCAAUGCAGUCACUUGCAGGGAAAGUCGUCCUCGUGACAGGUGGAAGUAAAGGGAUUGGUCGAGCAAUCUGUUUUCGCCUCGCAAGCCAAGGGGCGGAAAUAGUCAUAAACUAUAGUAACGACUCUUCCCCAGCGAAUGAGGUUGCGUUACUUAUAGGAGAAGAAAACGCUACUACCAUAAAAGCUGAUGCUGGAAAUAUUGAAGAGAUCUCCAAAUUAGUUGAUGCUACAAUUGCGAAAUAUGCAAAGAUUGAACUGGAUAAUGUUACUGUUACAGAGUGUGACCAGACUCUCAAUUUGAAUGUCAGGGGACCUCUAUUUCUUGCUCAGGUAUGUUGUGACUUUGAUAGUAGCGGAAUACCUUGCUAAUAGCCUUAGAAAUCCGUUCCUUAUAUAGCAACCGGCUCUAGUAUUAUUUUAUUUUCCACAACCCAAUGUCACGCUAGUACAGUAACUCCAAAUUACCUUACAUACAUCAUGUCGAAAGGUGCUAUUGAGCAAAUGACACGAGGUCCUUCGAAAGAUCUGGCACGAAAAGUUAUCAUGGUCAAUACUGUAGCGCCAGGACCAACAUCGACCGAACUUUUCCUCGACGGGAAGAACGACCAACUUUUGCAGACGAUUGCGGGCUUUAAUCUGCAGAAUAGGAUUGGUCAACCAGACGAGGUUGCAGAGGUCGUAGCGUUUUUGAAUAGUAGUGCUAGUUCAUGGGUUACGGGUCAAAUACUUGGAGUAAAUGGUGGUAUGGCAUAAUUUUAGAUAAAGUUGAAAAUCCUAAGUUUCCUUAACUCA